CUUUGCGGCAAAUCUGGCUUGGAUGAUGUCGAAGGUGUGAUACAGGACUUUAAGGUAUCUGAAAAGUAGGCUGUGGACUCGUUCUACGGAAAAAGGACUUACGGAACUGGAGCAUCUAUCAUAUAUCUUGAUUACUUCAAAAUUUUGGCAUGGCAAUUGGGAGUUUUUUUUUUUCCUAGUUGGAGACAUUGAAGGUUUCGGGGAUUUGUUGAGUAGUAAACUCCGAUUUUGUUACUCGACGUUGAAUCUUGUCGUAGAUAUUCGGGAUAUGACGGGCUUGGACUUGCCAUCACAGGGUAAUAUCUCGAGAAGAAAGAUAGCUAUGGCACAAGCGGUUGAUCUUUAUAGCCUACAAAUCAUGACAGGAUACUUAAGAAUAAAAGUCAUUUCUGAUAGACUUCGGCAGGUGUUCAAUGAUGAAUAUCGCACAUGUUGAAUACUUCUAGUGGGCAUUUUCUAUUUUUAUGUUGGUGAAUAUAAAUCGCAUCAACCUACGAUCUCCCGAAAGAUUGUCGCGCAAAGAAUAGUAAUGCUUCAUUGUUAAAGCUCCUAACGGGUAUGAUUAUGUGGAAAUACUGACAUGUGGCCAAAUGCCAAGCCGCUCUAUGACGUGACUAGUGAAUACAAGAAUCAUCAAUUCAACACAGCCACAACGACCCACCCACCUAUUAUACUCGUGCAACCUCGCCAUUCCCCUCGAUCAUACACUAUAAUCUGUUAUUGGACCCUGCAGACUGCCACAUCGACAGACCCACACCUGUCCUAUAUCAUACAAUUCCCAGGGUUGACCUACUCAUUGAACCGAAAGCACCAGACCACUACCAUGUUCAAGAAGCUAAAGAGCAAGAUCAAGGGCGACGAGAAUCCCGAUCAAUAUGCACAUCUGCAGUCCUCAAAUGACUAUAGCCAUCUGCAGUCGAGCUCAAAUUUCCACCCCAGCAAUCCAUACUACACGCCUCCACCACAAGCCCAACAACACGAUAUCAAUUCUGAAGAGAAGUAUCAACCGCCUACUGGUCCUCCACCCAGUUAUGGUGGCCCUUCCAACUCAGACUAUGCGCCGCCUCUAGGCCCGCCCCUACAGCAGCAACAACAGUACCACGACUGGACUGUGAUACCAGACAACUCACUCCUCCCACCGCCUCCAUCAAUCGGAUAUGAGGAUUCCCCCACUGCAAACGCAACCGGAGAAGACAGUGACCGCGCAGCUGCAUGGCAGCAAGCCAAUCCUCUGUGGCCGCCUGCUAGCUUGUCAUCGGAAGCCUACAGCAUCAUCCAAAACUCACACUUCACUCUUCUCAAAGCCCCAACCUAUACCGGCGAUGUGAUUGCCCAAACACAAGCUGGCCAUUGGAAAUGCCGAACGCACGUUAAGUGCAACGACUCAAGCCUUCUCACUAACCUACCCAUGUACUGUGUCUACAACGACUCACCGUUGACUACACACCGUCCGAAAACCAUCUACUUUGAGCUCAAAGUGCAGAGCGUCGGCCGCGGCGGCUUCUCGCUCUCCGAAGCAGAAGCGGGAAUCGCAAUCGGCUUCAUCGCGCCCCCGUAUCCUACAUUCCGGCUUCCAGGAUGGCAGCGGGGCAGCCUGGGAAUUCACGGCGAUGACGGGAGAAAGUAUAUCAACGAUACCUUUGGAGGUACUGAUUUUACUACUACUUUCUUGUCUGGCGAUGUCGUCGGAAUCGGAAUGACGUUCGCGCCGCCGAAAAACCCACCUUCCUACGAGCAGUCUCAGCAGGGAAAAAUCCUCGACAUUGACGUCUUCUUCACUCGGAAUGGAGUCAGGGAGGGUGGCUGGGAUGGCAACGAGGAGCUCGACGAGAGGAGUGUAGGGGGCACUAUGGGUUUGAGGGGCGAAUGCGAUCUGUUUCCUGCUGUCGGCGUAUUUGGAGGAGUAGACUUUGAAGUUUUCUUUCACCCGUCGCAGUGGUUGUACAACCCUCUGCGAUAG